GUCGUUCUCGUUUUCGGCUUCGACUAAUGGUGCUAAUUGUACGUGCGAGCGGCGGAACAUUGACAAUACGCGGGUGAUUGCCGGGCCGAUACCUAUAAAAUAACUAUGGCUGACAUCGAGGAUACUCACUUUGAGACUGGAGACUCAGGAGCCUCAGUGACGUAUCCUAUGCAGUGCUCAGCACUGCGCAAAAAUGGUUUUGUCAUGUUAAAGUCACGCCCCUGCAAGAUUGUAGAAAUGUCAACUUCUAAAACUGGCAAGCAUGGUCACGCCAAGGUUCAUUUAGUAGGUAUCGACAUAUUUACCUCCAAGAAAUAUGAGGAUAUCUGUCCAUCUACACACAAUAUGGAUGUACCAUUUGUUAAGCGGGAAGAUUAUCAGCUUACAGAUAUAUCUGACGAUGGCUAUCUUUGUCUGAUGGCUGAUAAUGGAGAACUGCGCGAAGAUCUCAAGAUACCUGAUGGCGACUUGGGAACACAGCUACGUGCUGAUUAUGAAUCUGGCAAAGAAUUACUUUGCACCGUACUCAAGGCAUGUGGUGAAGAGGUAGUAAUCGCCGUCAAAAACAACACCUCCCUCGACAAAUAAUUGUGUUCAGCCCGACAAUUACGACGACAAAAAGCCCAAUAUACAUUCGAGCAAAAACCACCCGCUUAGCCAAUCAAUUGAUACCUUUACCAUUGGUCAAACAGGAUAAACAACAAUAACAAAUCUAUAGGAAGAUGAUGAAGAGAGUGGAAGAGCGAAAGAGAAAAAGGAGAAAGAAAGCGUGAGCGAGAGAGUGAGAGAGAGAAAGAGAAAUAUAAGCAAAUGAAACGGGCUAGCAAUUCCUAACAACAGCAACGCGCUAAUGUGAACAGCGACUUUUAUCAAAGUAACAUCUGCUUACUUAAUUAUUAUUCAACAAUAUUUAAAUGAACAAAUCCGGGAAAGCGACAACUGCAUAUACGUACACUCGGUUCUAUACAUUUACACACACAUACACACAACAUACAGAUAACACAUAUAAACAGCAUAUAUGCGUGCGCACAUAUAUACACAUACUGACAUUUACACAUAUACUUACACGUCUAUACACGCGUUGUUUGUUAUUAUACAAGAAAGUGGCGACAACUUUUCAGCAGAAGUUGAUUGAAAAAUAAAAAUUGAGAAAGCCUUGACACACAUCCUGGACAUAUAUAUAUAUAUUUUUUUUUUUUUUAAAGAAUAGAGAAAGAAAUUAUUUACAACAGCUUUGUAACUUAUUACACUUAUAUGUGUGAAUGAGAGAGUAUAUGAGAAAAUGAGAGAGAAAGAGAGAGAGAAAAAAUUGUUGGAGACCAAUACGAAGAGGUCGUGGAAAAAAGACUCUAGAGUCUUUAAUGCGCGCGCGCGGAACAAUUUUUCAUGGGAUGCUGGCAAUGCCCGACACAAAGCAGCUCACUUCAAGCAUCUUUCCUGAUGAUCGAUUCAUAAUUAUAGACAAGACUGGCGCGUUUCGCUAUAAAGAAUUUAUACACAUGUGAUGCUCUAUAAGAUUUUUUCUUUUUUUCUUUUUUUUUUUUUUUUCUAUGGAAACUCGAGUUCUCGAGAUUUUUAGGUCUAAUACCAUCUAAUUGCACAAAAUUUAAAAAAAAAUUUUGAUGCUUGUGCUUAUGUAAAAGUCUGUGGAAGGAUUUAAAAAUCUUAUAUUUUAUUUUCUGAAAGUUAAAAGUUUUUAUGGACUCAAACGAUGACUAUUUAAAACUUUUGAUACUUAAUGGAAAUUUGAGAAUUCCGAAAUCUAAAAAAAAUCACAUUCUAAUCUUUAAUUUCUGAACGAGAAAUUUUUUUUGAAACAUCGGCAUUGAAAAUGCUCGAUAGUUAUGGAUUUCGAAAUUGGAGAUUUAAGAUUUGGAAGUUAUUAAAGUUUUCUUAUAUCAAGAAACUUGCUAAAGAAAGACUUUGAAACUUAUUAUUGAAAGAUUGAAAAAUGUAGAGAUUUUGUGAUGGAAAGGAUAAUUUCGGAACUCUAGAAAUAUAAGAAUUUAAUCAACAAUAAAAGCUCAAAAUUAUAAUAUUUAUGGGGAUAUUGAGAUACAAUAUAUAUAGACCUUUAAAUCCAAGAACGUCGAGAACAUGCAAGAUAAUUUCAUAUGCUUUGAUAUGGCAAGAGCGGCGCAAUGCGAUAUCGCGUCAUAUUCAGAGACUGUAAUUGGCUUAUGAAUGCUCAGACUAUUACAUUUUGUUGUAAUAUUUCGUUUUAAUAAACAUUUUUCAGAACAGGUUACACGAGCCGCUUUCACUCGACAAGAUAAUUAUUUAAUCUCUUAAUUAGAUGAUGAACACUAAAACAGAUAUAAUUAGCAAAGAGAAAAUUGUGAGUGGAAGAUUCUUGUGUGAACUUGCAAAUGUGCGUAAAGAAUCUUUCCCUUAGAUCCUUUCCAUCUCGUGUCAUCGUUUGUAUAAAAAAAAAUUGUUCCGAUGGUGCAGUCUGAAUGAUUAGAAAUAAUUAUAAGCAGAUAAUUAACUACAAGAGUGUAUAAUCACAGUUAUCAUUGGAAGGUAUACGUUUUUUUCUUCCUACCAUAGAAAAAUUUUGUGAUUUGGAACAUGUUCGAUUUGGUGUCCUCGCAAUAUUCGUUUUCUAUUUUUUUUUAUUUGUAAAAUCUCCAUUUAAUAAAGUAAGAUUCUGAAUC